CCAUCACUUCCCCAUUCCACCUACGACAGUGCCCACGGUGCAUUGUCCCGCUCGCAGUUAAAUACUAAACAACAACAAUACAACAACAACAACAACAACACACAACAAGACAGUCUUUGAACGCAGUAUGAUCAAGGACAUACUGGACAAGCAAGUCUUCGAGCUGAAAAAGCUCUGGGCCAACAAACGCCAACUCACCUUUCAGGUCUUGAAUUUGGCCAUGAUUGUCUUUUCGGCUCUCAUGAUAUGGAAGGGUCUCAUGUUCGUGACGCAGUCCGAAUCACCCGUCGUGGUGGUCCUCAGUGGAUCCAUGGAACCCGCCUUUCAACGCGGCGACAUUCUCUUUCUCCACAACGCCGUCCGGGAAGUACACGUGGGCGACGUGGUGGUCUUUAAAAUCAAAGAUCGGGACAUCCCCAUCGUCCACCGCAUACUCAAAGUUCAUUUGGAUACCGACACGUUCCAAGUGGAUUUACUCACCAAAGGAGACAACAACCGCGUCGACGAUCGGGGACUCUACGCACCCGGACAACUGUGGCUCAACCGAGACGAUAUCCUCGGCAAGGCCGUUGGGACUUUACGAUACGUCGGGAUGGUCACCAUUGCCCUUAACGACUACCCCGUACUCAAAUAUGUACUCGUCGGGAUGAUGGGGCUCUUUGUACUCACCAGUAAGGAAGGAUAA